GUUGGCAUCUGUGGAAGAACAGGGAGCGGAAAAUCUUCGCUAUCUCUUGCGUUUUUUCGAAUGGUGGAUAUAUUUGAUGGGAAAAUUGUUAUUGAUGGAAUAGACAUUUCCAAACUUCCGCUGCAGACGCUGCGUUCCAGACUGUCAAUAAUUCUACAGGAUCCCGUGCUGUUCAGUGGAUCUAUUCGUUUCAAUUUGGAUCCAGAAUGCAAAUGUACAGAUGACAGACUCUGGGAGGCACUGGAAAUUGCUCAGCUCAAGAACCUUGUAAAGGCUUUGCCAGGAGGCUUAG